AACGCAGGAGAUACGCUUCAUCGCCUGUACGGACGGACUACUACUUCAGCUACGCUCACCUUUCUCUCUUAACCUUCAUCUUCCAUCUCCUUUUCACGACUAACUCACGAUGUCCUGGCAAAGUAGAUAUCCAUGUUUCUUUGGUGUACACACGCUCAUCUUCUUCCCAGCGUAUGUCGAUUCCAAUCUCGUCGGAAGCGGCAAGAUCUCGAGGGCCGCCAUCAUUGGCCUUCAAGGUGGUGUCUGGGCAUCAUCUCCUGGAUUCACGUUAUCCACGGAGGAACAGCAAGCCUUGAUCAAUGGCUUCAGCAAGGCCGAUCAGAUUCAAGCCAGUGGUAUUCGUCUAGCGGGCCAGAAGUUCUUCACGCUCUCCGUGAGUGAUCGUAGUAUCUAUGGCAAGAAACAGGCGGAUGGAACCAUCAUCGUCAAGACGAAGCAGGCCAUUCUUGUCGCCGAAUACGAUGCACCAAUUCAGGCCCCCGAGGCUACACCUAUCGUUGAGGGCUUGGCGGACUAUCUCAUUAGCGUCGGAUACUAAGUUUGACAGAACGAAAGAAGAUACCGGAUUGUACAUUUUACUGCCUAAUACUGAGCAAAUAAGACGGUCAGCAAGCUACAUGUCUCGGGUUAUUAUGUUCGAUCUG